ACUUAAAGGUACAUAUACUUGGGAGAUGUAUUCAUAGACUGGUUAUGAUCAUGGUUAUGAUUCGCGGUUAUGUUUUAUUUUGAAGUUUCUCUCAGGAAGUUGGGAUUUUGUCGUGCAACUUGAUGUCAAUUAUCACUUGAAACGACGACAUUGGUAUAAUAGUCCAAAACGGUGUAAACAGCCAAACAGACACCCGGUGUGUGUUUCCUUUAAGUAGUUGAUGGUUUCCAUAAGCAGCAGAGUGGAGUUGUGUGUGAUGAGGCUGUGUGUUUGAGCUUCAGGAUGGAGAUCCUGGUGGCCAAGCUGCUCGGGCUGCUGGGAUUGUUCGGCCUCAUGCUGGCGGGCGUGCUGGUCCCAGUGCGCCUCCUGCAGGCGGACUCCGGGGCCCUGAGGUACAGGAGAGCGCUGUCUCUUUGCAACUCUUUCGGAGGGGGGGUGUUCCUGGCCACGUGCUUCAACGCUCUGCUGCCCGCCGUCAGAGAGAAGGUGGCCGACGUGUUCCAGCAGCUGAAGAUCAGCAGCGACUAUCCUCUGGCUGAGACGAUGAUGAUGCUCGGCUUCUUCCUCACGGUGUUCGUGGAGCAGUCUGUGCUCACCUUCAGGAAAGAGAAGCCGUCCUUCAUCGACCUGGAGACCUUCAAUGCCGUUGGGUCGGAGGCCGGCAGCGACUCGGAGUACGAAACGCCCUUCAUCUCCUCCAACCUCGGCACGCCGGGGGGCGCGGGCAGUCACCGCUCCCACAGACACCAGCACGGACACUUCAGCCCAGCCGAGCUGGCGGGGGCGGGGCCUCUGCGGCUGGCCAGCCUGGUGCUGGCUCUGUCUGCUCACUCUGUAUUCGAGGGCCUGGCGCUUGGCCUGCAGGACGAUGGAUCAAAGCUGGCCAGCCUCUUCCUGGGCGUGGCCGUGCACGAGACGCUGGCCACAGUGGCCCUCGGGGUGAGCGUGGCCAAGGCAUCGCUUGGCAUGAAGGAUGCCGCCAAGCUGGGCAUCACAGUCAGCCUUAUGAUCCCGCUGGGGAUGUUGGUGGGGAUGGGCAUCGAGUCGACCCAGACGCUGGCGGGCAGCGUGGUGUCUGUGGUGCUGCAGGGAUUCGCCGCGGGCACCUUCCUGUUCGUCACCUUCUUUGAGAUCCUCUCCCGAGAGCUGGAAGACAAACAGGACCGGCUGCUCAAAGUGCUUUUCCUCAUCCUCGGCUACUCCGUGCUCGCCGCACUGGUCUUCAUCAAAUGGUGACACACAGGAAGUGCUUUACUCCAUAAAGGCAGCAAAGUCCAGCUGUGAGAGGCAAACAAAUCUGCAGCAGCUGGAUCAACACUAACUCUUUAUUGUCUUCAGCUGUGUCUGUAGUGUUAACUGUUUAGUUAAGAUAACUAUAUAUCAAAUAAUAUAUUUUAUAAACAAGGAAUGUAUCUCCUUUAAGCCCCUGUCACACUGUCCCGAAAUUGACUCCCGAUGGACACACGAAUAUGGAAUUGUGAAUUUUGCACGAAGAUGGCCCCGAACUUGGUCAUCGGCCAAGCAACAGCCGAAGCAAGUACGAUGCCUACAGAAGGCCACGCGAUGGCACCCGAACCACACACAAAGGCGACACGUGACCUCCUGAUGGUAUAAAAGCUUCGGCCACGUGGGAAAUCAAAUUUUUAUAAAAUAAGAGCAAACAUGUGUUUCACUUUAAAAAAAACGUAUAAAAUUAAAAGCAACAUGAAUUAAGGUAAUCAGGCAACGUAACAUGUGAAUUGGACCGAACUCAUAGUGGAAGCGCGGGAGCAAAUACAUCGUAGAACGUCUCGCGGGCGCGCGCAGAUGAAGGGGGACAGUGGACUACACAAACACACAAAAUACCGCACUCACUAACGAUGUCACAACAAUCGAUGUUCAGUUUUUUUAAAAGAGUAAGAACAGAGUCGACGCCGCCGGAACCACCACACUCAUCAUCCUCACAGCAGGUGCCGCCUCAGAGAGACGAGGGUGUGUUUAAUGUUGUGCCCCCGCUGAGCUCAGUCCCUCUGCGGGACGUAGCACCCGUUGCAGUAUAACAGAAAAUAGCAUCCCAGUGCCGGACCUCUCAGCCAUAGAUGACCCGGCGGCUACACAGCCAAAGCUCAUAAAGUAGGCCUACCCUCAGACACUUUUCAGACAAAAGAAAAGGAGCUCCGCUGCCCACUGGUAUGUCGACAAGUACACAUUCUUGUAGUAUAGCAUUAGCAAGGACAGUGUGUUUUGUCAAAUGUGCCGGCAUUUUAGUGAGAGAGGCGGGGCCGGCGGAGAAGAUACAUUCAGUCGCCAUGGUUACAGGGACUGGAAACACAUCGACUAUGCUCUCAGUAAACACGAAUGCAGCGCAGCUCAUGCAAUAGCUAUGGAGAGAAAUACAAACUACAGACAGUGCGAGAAGUCUGACCAUGGAACCAUCCUCCAUCAGCUACUCAACCCAGAGGGCCGACAGGGAGAGAUCAUUGAGAAAAAUCGGGAACACGUAAAGUUUUCCCAGACAUAAUUCUCACGUGUGCAAAGCAAGAGAUUCCUCAUUUCAUAUUGAGACUAAAUAUCUAGGAAAAUGAUUAAGAAACGUAGAGCUAAAAUUUCGUGCCAUUUGCAACUACCAGAGCGCACCCUGACGCGGCAUUCUCCAGCCCACAUCAGCAAAACUUAUGAGUGUGAAGCAACAGUAUCUGCUGCCCAGCUGCUUUAGUAUGAAACGUACCUUCAGCUCAUGAAAGCUCUGCAGUAUCAGAAGGAAGUAGCUAAUGAUAAAUCUGCAGCCUCUGAAAAGUGCCGCGUCAGAGAACCAGUGCCAUUUACGCACGGGCGCUCACUUCGCUAGAUCCGCUAAAAAGGACAGCAGGCUGCGGUCUAACCACACAGACACACAUCAGGCUGCGGUCUAACCACACAGACACACAUCAGGGUCUAACCACACAGACAC